ACCCGGAAGAGCUGGGUUCCGCAACACUGCGAGGGGUCGGGUGUGUGGUUGAGGAAGUUAGCCUCGGCUGGCGGGCUGCUCGGCGUUCGUCCCUGCGACUGCGGCACACUGCUCCAGAUUCCGCUCCCGCCGCCUCGCGCGCAGCCCCCGCCGCCGGUGCUCUGCCUGCCGUAUUGCGUUCGCCGCAGCAGCGAAGCUUCGGAGCAGCUUCCGGGGAGGCGGGUGUCACUUCUGAUUACCCCACACCAUGCCCCUCAGCCUCUUCCGGCGCCUUCUCCUUGCCGCCCUGCUGCUGGUGAUAAUCUGGACCCUCUUCGGGCCCUCGGGCAUCGGGGAGGAGCUGCUGAGCCUCUCCCUGGCCUCCCUGCGCCCGGCUCCGGCCUCCCCAGGGCCGCCCCUGGCCCUGCCCCGCCUUCUGAUCCCCAAUGAAGAGGCGUGCAGGGGUGCCGGCGCCCCACCCUUCCUGCUCAUCCUUGUGUGCACGGCCCCAGAGAACCUGAACCAAAGAAAUGCCAUUCGGGCUUCGUGGGGCGGGCUGCGAGAGGCUCGGGGGCUCAGGGUGCAGACUCUUUUUCUGCUGGGAGAGCCCGGCUUGUGGCAUCCUACCAGGGAACCCCAGGACAUCGAUCUAGUGCGGGAGGCAGCGGCCCAGGGGGACAUCUUGCAGGCGGCCUUCCGGGACUCCUACCGGAACCUUACUCUCAAGACCCUCAGCGGGCUGAACUGGGCAAACAAACACUGCUCUAUGGCCCGCUACAUCCUCAAGACGGACGAUGAUGUGUUUGUCAACGUCCCUGAACUGGUAUCAGAGCUGAUUCGGCGAGGGGGCCGUUGGGAACAAUGGGAGAAGGGCAAGGAACCACCUCCGGGAGAGGUUGAGGCUGGAGAUAAAGACUGGGAAGAAGGGUCCAUCCUGAGGAACCAGCCAAUGCCUCUUUUGUACCUGGGCCGUGUGCACUGGCGGGUGCACCCCUCUCGGACACCAGGGAGCAAGCACCAAAUAUCAGAGGAGCAGUGGCCUUCCACCUGGGGCCCCUUUCCACCCUAUGCUUCUGGCACAGGGUAUGUGCUGUCAGCUUCUGCUGUGCAGCUUAUCCUGAAAGUGGCCAGCCGGGCACCCUCUCUGCCACUGGAGGAUGUCUUUGUGGGGGUAAGUGCCCGACGAGGAGGCCUCACCCCAACCCACUGUGUUAAGCUGGCUGGGGCCACCCACUACCCCUUGGACCGGUGCUGCUAUGGGAAAUUCCUGCUGACAUCCCAUAAGUUGGACCCCUGGAAGAUGCAGGCAGCCUGGAAGCUGGUGGGCGCCUCUGAUGGGGAAAGGACUGCACCCUUCUGCUCCUGGCUCCAGGAAGUCUUGGGCAUCCUGCGCUGUCGGGUAAUAGCCUGGCUUCACAGCUGAGAGUGCCUGGGGCCACAGGAGUAAGGAGUUGAGGGUCUAGCUGGCACCCCCACAACCUUCUCUCACCCAGGCCCAAGGCAGGGGGCCCUGACGGGCUGCAGCUGACCAGUUUUCCUCUAUCACUGAAGACGGAGGGAUACAGGAGAAAUCUAGGGGCCUGGCCUGGCAGCCCCACUGAUGGUCACCAGGAAGAGCAAAACAAUGCUGGGGUUGUUCUCUCCAGCUAUGGCAGAGGAGGGGCACAGGCUCCUCAAUAAACUUGUCUGUCUACC